AUGGGGUUGUUUUAUAUGUUCUCGUUGGCUCUAACAAUUGGUAUGGUGAUUUUCACGUUGAAAUAUUUUGCUGGACCUGAUGUCCCAAAGUAUGUGUUCUUCACCGUUGCUUAUACCUGGUUCUGCUCCAUCUCCAUCAUUGUCCUUGUCCCAGCCGACAUAUGGACGACGAUUCAUGGAGAUUAUAAUGGUGAGAUUUCCAUCUUGUGGAGUUUGUCAUAUUGGAGUACGUUCUUACUUACAUGGGCUGUGGUUCCCACUAUUCAGGGUUAUGAAGAUGCUGGAGACUUUACAGUGAAAGCAAGACUAAAGACAAGCAUCCAUGGAAACCUAGUUUUCUAUCUCUCUAUUGGUCUUGUCAGCCUUCUUGGACUCAUGUUACUGGUUAUUUUCCACACAGAUUGGACAGGAAAUAUUAUGGGGUUUGCGAUGGCUUGCUCUAAUACAUUUGGUCUGGUGACCGGUGCGUUUCUGCUUGGAUUUGGAUUGAGUGAAAUUCCAAGGAGCCUUUGGAUUAAUGCAGAUUGGAACACUCGCCAAAAGGUUCUUUCUCACAUAGUUGCAAAAAUGGCUGUCAAAUUAGACAAUGCUCAUCAAGACUUUUCCAAUGCCAUUGUGAUCACACAAGCAACCUCAAAGCAGAUGUCCAAGCGAGAUCCUCUGAAACCCUACAUGAAUGUCAUUGAUUACAUGCUGCUUCAGAUGUUGAAGGAAGAUCCAUCCUUCAAACCACAGGGAGGGAGAUUAGGGGAAAGUGACAUGGAUUAUGACACUGACGUGAAGUCAAUGGCAGCACUACGGCGUUACCUUAAAAGAUCUCAGGAGGAGUAUUACAGAUAUAGGAGUGAAUAUAUAAAGUUCGUCUUAGAAGCCCUGGAGCUGGAGGAUACCAUAAAAAAUUUUGGAGGUCGCAAAAAUACUGGAUGGAAAUAUGUUUCAUGCUUCAGGCCUGAACGAACUGGAAGAUUGGCUGGAGUUUUGGAUACAACUGGUACGCUUUACCUCAAAAAACUUAAAUUCAAGUUUGUGUGGAGGUGCAUAUUGAAGAAGCAACUUGAGAAAUCAUUGGCAGUGGCAUUGGGUUGCAUGUCAGUGGCAAUUCUAUUAGCAGAGGCCACCAUUCUACCCGGCGGUGUUGAUCUCUCCCUUUUCUCUCUCUUAAUCCGUGCUGUCUCAAGCAAAGAGAUGCUUGUGCAGUUAGCAGCUUUCAUCCCAUUGAUGUAUAUGUGUGUCUGUACAUAUUAUUCGUUGUUCAAAAUGGGAAUGCUCAUGUUCUACUCCCUCACUCCAAGACAAACCAGCUCCGUAAAUUUGCUUAUGAUUUGCUCGAUGGUUGCACGAUAUGCGCCUCCCAUUUCGUACAACUUUCUCAACCUUAUUCACCUUGAUGGGGGUGAAAAAACCAUUUUUGAACAGAGGAUGGGAAAUAUUGACGAUGCUGUACCUUUCUUUGGGGAUGGAUUCAACAAAAUUUACCCGCUCAUUAUGGUUGUAUACACACUUCUAAUAGCAGGCAACUUUUUUAGUCGCAUCAUUGAUUAUUUUGGAAAUUUGAAGAUUUUCAAGUUUUUUAGAGAUGAUGCAGAAGAUAUGGAUGGUUUUGACCCUUCUGGCAUAAUCAUUCUACAAAAAGAGCGUUCCCUUCUGCAAAAGGGGCACAAGGUUGCGGAGCAUGUUUUCCCUCUAGCAAGGAGUUUCAGCAUUAGUAUUGAUGUUGAGUCCACCAACAACAAUACCUUGGAUCAGAAAGAGAAUAUCACUGAGGCUAUAAAACACACAAGUAGCAGUAAGCUGAGAUCCACAGAUGAUGAUGUUGAUGGGGAUGAUGAAGAGAUGAUUCAAAGUGACGAGAGCAAAAGUUUUGAAAGCAGAAAGUACCUUGCGUUAAGGGCAAACGUGAAGGAAGAAGUUCCCAUUAAUACUAAUGAUGGUGACAACAAUAUAAGUUCCCCAACGUUACAAAGAAUAGCUUCAAGAUGGGAAUCCAUGAAAAAUGGAAUGCUGUUCUUCAGGAUUGUUCUCAAGGAAUCUGAAGUACUUCUAUUACCUAGUUAUAAUGGUGCUCUGUGUUCUACCCUCUUCCUCUUACAUUCUCUUACCGCCAUCGGAGUUGCCGCCGCCACCGGUGACGAUGACUCUUCUUCAGUCAAGUGCUCUCCCCUCAUAGUCGUUCUCGUCAUCAGUAUCUUCGCAAGUGCUUUUGUCAUGAUUACCUAUUAA